AAUAAACAACCACCUUUGUUAAGCAAACAUUUUUAAUUUAUAUCUAUAUAACAUAAACGUUGUCAAACAAUGAGUGGAUCGGGAAAAGGAUUCCUCGGAUUAUGGUUGUACAGAAACGGUUCUGAGUGGGAGAUGAAGAAGGACAUGCCCCACCACCCCAAGCUUGGAGACAUCGGCAUGGCGUCACAGCAGCCGGCUGCCGAAGGAGAGAGGAUUUCGGUGAUAUUCUCUUUAAAAAACCAAGUUGGCGGCUUGGUCCGUGUCUUGUCUGUAUUUCAGGACUUGGGUAUAAAUGUGCUCCAUAUUGAGUCUAGAAAAUCUUCUACAGAAGUAGCCGACGCAGAUAUACUUGUGGAUGUAGAGUGUGACACUCGCAGGAUGGAGCAAUUAAAAAGAAUGCUGAAACGCGAGGUUCAAGAGUUUGAAGUCAUACAAGCCCAAACCGGAGAGGUGUUUCCGCCACCGACACCGCUUUCUGCUGCCGCUAGUUUUGAUUUCGGGGAGAUGCCUUGGUUUCCGAGGAAGAUAUCGGAACUGGACCGAGCGCAAAACGUGCUGAUGUACGGCUCGGAGCUGGACGCCGACCACCCUGGCUUCAAGGACCCCGUGUACCGCAAGCGACGCGAACAGUUUGCUGCCAUCGCCAACAACUACAAGUACGGCCAACCGAUACCGAAAGUGCAAUACACUGAAAUUGAAAUAAAAACAUGGGGGAUAAUAUUCCGAGAGCUGCACAAGCUAUACCUGGUGCACGCCUGCGAGGAGUACCUGGAGAACUGGCCGCAACUCGUCAAGUACUGUGGCUACAGGGAAGACAACUUACCCCAGUUGGAGGACGUUAGCGCGUUCCUGAAGAGGAAGACUGGCUUCCAGCUACGGCCGGUAGCUGGCUACCUCUCUCCCCGCGACUUUCUAUCCGGUCUCGCCUUCCGAGUUUUUCACUGCACCCAAUACAUUCGCCAUUAUUCUGAUCCGUUUUAUACUCCUGAGCCUGACUGCUGCCACGAGCUGUUAGGGCACAUGCCGUUGCUCGCAAACUCUUCUUUCGCACAAUUCUCUCAGGAGCUAGGACUAGCUUCUCUGGGUGCGUCAGACGAGGAUAUCGACAAGUUGGCUACGCUUUAUUUCUUCACCGUGGAGUUCGGUCUUUGCCGUUCCCUAGACGGUUCGUUCCGGGUCUACGGCGCCGGGCUACUUUCCUCAGUGGCGGAGUUGAAGCACGCACUAACCACGAGUGCUAAACACAAGCGCUUUGACCCUGAAGUCACCGUCAAUGAAACCUGCAUCAUCACUUCCUACCAGAAUGCUUAUUAUUACACGGACUCUUUUGAAGAAGCCAAAGAAAAGAUGCGUGCAUUCGCUGAAAGUAUCCAGCGUCCUUUCGGCGUGCGAUACAAUCCAUACACGCAGAGUGUGGAGGUUCUAAGCAACGCUCAAAAGAUAACGGCACUCGUACGAGAGUUGCGAGGCGACAUCUGCAUCGUGUCUUCCGCCAUCAAGAAGAUCUCCGCUCAGGACUCCACUCUCGACGUCGAGACUAUCGCCAACAUGUUGCACACCGGUUUACAGAAAUUCAUUGACUUAUUGAAGAACGCACGUAAACUGCAACUGCCUUCAACUCUAAAAACCAAAAGUGGUAUUUUCACUACGUCCACACUAGACACUGCUAACAAGCUUACAGCCAAGUUAUUCCCGGAAGAUCCUGUCAUCGAUGAUCCAGAUCACCUGCAAAUAAAACAAAUAACAGUCAAUAAUAGGCAACCGGCAAUAGAACAUAAUGAACAGCCAUUUACUAUGCAACAGAAAUAAUUCGAUUCAUGAGACCCAGGAAGGCCUCAUGAAAGACAUAGUACAUCUCACAGCCGAUAUCUGCAAAAAUUACAUCGAAAGGCGAAAUUGAACAACAGAUGCUACAUUACUUUCUGGAAUAUGGCAUAUACCUAUUCCAACAAUCCCAAAACCUAGAAAUAGUAACUUGUUUUACAAGGGGGUAAAGUUAUUCUUUAACCGCACGUGCCAAUAUUAAUACCCGAGCAUAGCGAGUGGUUCAGAAUGUGGAAUCUUGUGCGGUGUCAGGGUUUCAAGUCACGUAGGUUAAACAAAACUUGCCAGAGAGUGAAACUUUUUUAUUUAUUUGUUAAAUAAAAAACCCAGUUACAUUGUCCUUAAGUUAAUUUUUCGCCAAACUGUGACACAGUUUGUUAGUGUUGCGCUCAAUUAAACCUUAUAAUUAUUACAAUAGGUCAGGUAGGUAGGUAUACACAAAAUGGUAUGAGUUUCCUAAGGUCCUCGAUUAUUGCUUCACCCACCGAUACUUCAACCGUACCAUAUGUUGAGCGGUGAAUGAAAUGCAUUAAUGCUCUUAUGAAUGGCCAAACAAAAGAGCAGAGGACGUAAAGGGUCACAAUGUUGGGCUCCGAUUGGCAACAAGUGUGUUUUCUUUGAAGAAAUAUUGGUGGCGUCGGAGUAGCAUUGGAACUUAUACAUAAAUAUGGGAAGAGACGUGAUGCCAGGUCACGAAAGUAGGUAGAGGUAGUAAAUUUUUUUUUUCACUUAUUUUCGAAGUCUCGACUAAAAUGUUAAACUCUCCUUUUCAUCGUCGAAGUUCAUAAGAAAGGAAAUCCUUAGCACGCUUCACACAAUUUGUGAACGACAAUAGCCAUGGAACAUGCUCAAUAUGUAUUUUUCAUCACACUCGCUCGUAAACGGUGUUAUUACAUGCCUGCAUACUGAUGUGUAAUGAGCUAUUUUACCACCCUAGGGCAGUAAAGUGAAUACAUGGGUGGGGCCUUUCUCGACCGUUUAAAAAUGACAAGAUGGCGGACGAAUGUUCGAAAUGUCAGCGUAGAUAUUUCAAUACAUUUAGUUUAAAAUUUGGUUAUUACUUCGCGAGUGCGAUUACAAACUCGAGUUAUUAAAGCCUCGGCGUCGGGCUUCAAACAGCCUGUCGUUCGUGAUCCUUCACUACUUAGACAGGAAAUUUACAAAAUUUUCCGAUUCGUUUUAAAUAAAAUAAUAUUAUGAAUAUAGAUGGCAAAUAAAUUAUUUUGACGUAUAGUCACGUGGAACUGAUUAUUUGAUCGUAAAUUGUGUUAGAUUGAAUAAAUUUACUUCUAGGUUCCCUUUAUUGGGUGUUGCAGGUGAACGAGCGAAGCCCUCAGAGCACCUCCGGCGGCAGUUCGCCCAACUCGGACCGCGGCGCUUCCCCGAGGCCGGAGAAUUAGAUUGCACACUUCAGUCGUUUGCGGCAUAUGUAAUUUCUGUGUUGCAGUGCCAACCAAUAAGCUUUAUUUUUUUUACAAAUUCAUUACUACAUUAAUCGUUAAGGUAUUUACACCGUAUCAAAUCUCAUUAUGAAUGAGCAUUUUGAAGCAAUGCAAGGUAUCAUUCAGACUUGCUGAUACUAUUACCGAUGAGUUCACAAUUUCACCGGACCCUUUCCUGUAACACGAGGACAUAAUUAAAACACAAAUAUUGCACUCCUCAAAUGAAGACAAUUUUAUUCAACAAUUUUUGAAAAUUAGGAAGUUUUUAGUAUUCUAAUUUUAAAUACUUAAUAAUAUUAGCUCGUUUGUCGUUACGCAUAUCAUCAUUUUUUAAUUCGUUAUUUAUUAACAAAAUAUUCGAGUGUAGGUAUGUGUUGGUGGUAUUUCUUUUAUUGGACUUUUGUCGCGCUCAUUAUUUAGUUUAGUAGGCAGUUUAUUAACAAAUAUAAUUGCUACGCUUUACCAAAAACUUUUAUUAUGCAACAGCAACAGAACGAAUGCAAAAUGGUGGCGUUUCUUGAGGCUUAUUAUAGGAUUAUGUCCUGAUUAUCUUAUGAAAAACUUAUGUGAAUAUUGUGAAGCGUAAAAGUGAUCCUGUUUGACACCCCUCACCCUGGCGGUGAGCUGCGUACAUCUCGUAUUCUUAAGCUCUAACUCUUUUGCUGUCCAGGCGAGCCGCCUCUGGAAAUCUCUCCCUCUCAGUAUUAGACAAGCCCCAAGCAAGUUAGCUUUUAAGCGGUUGGUACAUCAGUAUCUGCUGAAACAAGAGUUCGAGUAGCAUCCAUCAAUAUAAGCAUAUUAUAAUAAUAUUUGUAUGUAUUAAUUAUAUAGUAAGUUUAUUUAUUUAUUUAAUUGUUAUUUUUCAUUCUUCAUGCACCAUUUUUACUUGUCUCUGAUUGGCCCGAUGGUUGACUGGUAGAGAAUGCCAUUAGACAUUAAGUUCGCUAUUUGUACAUUUUUGAUUUUUGCGCAAUAAAGUUUAAAUAAAAUAAAUAAAUAAUCGCUGUGGUCGCUUCGUCUUCCUCGGUAAGAAUCAUGUCUGCUGUUGGGCUUCCUCUCUCCAAACCAAAUCUCCUCCUCUAAUAUUUAACAGACAUUAAUGUCAUCGUCCCAUCUUGUUGGAAGACGGUGAUUUGGUCUCCACAAAGCUAUCUUUCUUUUCUGAGACUUAAGCUCAUUCUAGAUUAGCAAUCGUCGACCGAUGCCGAUACUUAGGUCAUCACCUGAUCUUCUUAACUCUAGAUUUGUAACGCAGGGGGAUAUGCUGAGCAUCUGCGUAAUUAUUAAACAUUUAUAAUAUUAUAUUUAUUAAGUACAAAAUAUAAUAGUAUGGAUAAUCCAGUUACAGUGGCUAAUUAGUGUUACUAUUAGAUAUUACUGAUAAUUAUUGAAUAAUUAAAUGUGAAUACAUUCAAACUUGUGGCUUAAGUACUGUUCUUAAAUAUCUAGGUAUAUAUGUUUUAUUGGGUUCAUUCAGGAAAAUUAUAAUUUUGAGUUAAUCAACCAGUUUCAUGAAAUAAAUAGUAGUUUAUAAGUUAAUGUUAUUAAGGCCACUUGCACCAACGAAAAUGGAAGGUUAACCCUACAUUUCCGUUGGUGCAAGUGGCCCUUAUAAGUUUAAGUACAAGUGGCGGCACAUAACUUUAGCGCUGACAGUUAAUGCGAAGAAGUCUAAAACGGGUCUCUCAUGGGAUUACAAGGGGUGAAGGGUAUGCGUCCCCAUGCGCAGCUAUCCCCUCCACAUUUCACUCAGUGGCCUCAGCGCUAAAUUUGUGCCGCCACUUGUAACGUUGGGUCUAAAAUAUUUGACGCAAUAGAUUUAGGAAUCGUUUUAGCAAUGAACCCUACGUUCCGUUUAAAUUGUGGUUAUAUAAAACAGAAUAUAUACGGAUAAUGAUAUUACAGUGUAAGUAUAAUAAGUAUUGUCUAGUCUUGUUACUAAAUGUUAUAAAUCUGUAAAUUUUAUUCAACUCAAUGUUUAAGCUUAACCAUAUACCAUACACCAUAACGACUAUAGUGUUCGCGUGUAAGUACCUAAAAGGUAUAUAUGAUUAAAGAAUGA